GGGCUUGGUGGGGAAACCAGCAGCGGCCUACAGAGGAACGUGGCAGUCUGGCAGGCAAGGCAGCAGCAAGGAGAGCAAGCAUACAACUGUUGGUCGCUCUCAGAGCUGGGACUCUAGUGGAUUUUGUGAAGACAACUGGGAACACAACAGUGUAUGUGAAUACGCAAGGCAUCCUAGGAGAAGAAAUUCAUUAAACUACUACGGUGAAAUUGUCUCUGACGACCCAGAUAGCAUCAGAGUGCACAGCAACAACUUGACAGGGGGAAAUGAACAUAACUACGAAUGUUACAUGCAUUCAGACUUGGGGUUUGACCAAGUUUACCCCAAUCGGUAUGACCACAGACCUGUGAAGAAAAGUUCUGUGCCUGAUUUCUCUCAUUCUUACGAAAAACAGCCUGUUAUGUCUGGACGCAGUUCAGUGCCUCCUCAGGAUUACUACCCAGAGCCUGCUUUGGGCGUUAGGCCAUCUGAAGAGGCACGUUUUUAUAGGGAACAUAUGCUUAACAGAUCACCGCAGAAUUAUGGGAUGUCAGGAGGAAGAAUGUCAUGGGACCACUCACAAGGGAGGUCACCCCGUCCUGAGAUAAAUCGUAUGUACCAUGAUCCUUCUGGUAAGCUGAUUCUCGAUGGACAGAAAACACGUAGUCGAGAUCCUUCCCCUGCUAGGUAUGGUGCUGAAACACCUCUCCCUCGUUACGGAACAGAGCCACCAUCUCUCACUAAUAAGCAGAUGUACAGUGAUUCCACAGGUGCCCGACAGGUCGCUCCAACAUGUUUAGUUGUUGAUUCUGCCACUGGAUCUCGAUGUGAGAACACUUUGGAUAGAAUGAUGUCUCCUAGUGUAUUAAAUCACACUCCUAGACAAGGAAUGGCAACUAGAAUGAUGUCUGAUUUCAGCUUGCAGAGAGAUAGUUUGGUGUCAAAGCCAGUUUAUGAUGGUUAUGACAACACCAUGAUAGCCCGUGGCCACCUCCCUGGACAGGACAACAAGGCUGAAUUUCUAACACUGUUGCGCUCAGAGGGGCUUUCUGAAAGCACAGUUGCUGCCUUACUGCAACAAGGUUUUGAUUCAACAAGCUGCCUAGCUAUGUUAGAAGAAAAUGACAUUAAGUCAGUGGCUCCAAAUCUGGGUCAGGCCCGGUUGCUGUUACGGCUUGUCCAGAGUUGCAAAGCGGACAUGCAGUUACGACAAGAGCUGCAAAAUUCCAGUACUCGUACAAGAACACGUUCAAACAGCUUCAGCCACAGAAGUGAGCUAAUGCGUAAUGACUAUGGAGUCCAACCAGGAAUGCUCCCUACAAUAGAUAGUUCUGCUGUUCAGCAGCUACCAAUGGCAUUGCAACCAAUGUCACCCAGGCUUGCUGAAUUGACCCGCCGACCAUCGAGUGCCCCAUCUCAACAUCUCCUGGAAACCGCAACCUAUGGUUCAUCUGGGCCUGGAAGAUUAGGAAAUCAUUUUCCAAGCUUCUCGGGCUACAGCAAUCCUGUUGGGCUGCAAAAUCUGCGAUCGGGGCCUACCUAUAGUGCACAAUCUGGAAUAGCAAUGAAUACAGGACAGGUUACUCCAAAUCCAGGUCCUAAAACUGCCUAUUCUACUACUUACACUGUACCCAUUGAACUAAUGACAAGGGAGCGCAACCAAGCUCAUUCUCCAGCACACAGCCCUCACAGUAGUCCUCAGAUUCUCCGAAAGCCAGGAGCGCACAUGGAAUCUACGCUGGUACCUACAAGCUCAGCUUACAGGUUGCCGAAUACUGCAAACCAGAAAGUGACCAGACGCACAGGACCACCAAUUAUUGUCUCCACAAUGGCUUCACCUGAACCAAGUAUCCGUCCACAAAUUAUGAAUGGACCAAUGCACCCACGCCCCCUGGUGGCACUGCUAGAUGGCAGAGAUUGUACCGUGGAGAUGCCAAUCCUGAAGGACAUGGCAACUGUUGCUUUCUGUGAUGCGCAAUCUACUCAGGAGAUUCAUGAAAAGGUUCUAAAUGAGGCAGUGGGGGCAUUAAUGUACCACAAUAUCACUCUGACCAGAGAAGACCUGGAAAAGUUCAAAGCAUUGCGAAUAAUUGUACGGAUAGGCAGUGGUUAUGAUAACAUUGACGUUAAGACUGCAGGAGAGCUCGGGAUUGCAGUAUGUAACAUCCCAGCAGCAGCAGUGGAGGAGACAGCUGAUUCCACCCUCUGUCAUAUUCUGAACUUAUACCGGCGGAACACUUGGCUAUACCAGGCACUGCGUGAGGGAACCCGGGUGCAGAGCGUGGAGCAGAUCCGAGAAGUAGCAUCAGGAGCAGCAAGGAUCCGAGGGGAGACUCUGGGACUAAUUGGUUUUGGUCGUGUCGGCCAAGCAGUUGCUGUUCGAGCCAAAAUCUUUGGGUUUAAUAUAAUAUUUUAUGAUCCAUACUUGCCUGAUGGUAUUGAGCGAUCUCUAGGCGUACAGAGAGUUUAUACCCUGCAAGAUUUGCUGUACCAGAGUGACUGUGUGUCAUUGCACUGCAACCUGAAUGAACACAACCACCAUCUUAUUAAUGACUUCACCAUCAAACAGAUGAGACAGGGAGCAUUUUUGGUAAACACAGCCCGAGGCGGAUUGGUUGAUGAGAAGGCUUUAGCUCAAGGGCUGAAAGAGGGAAGGAUACGAGGUGCUGCUCUCGACGUUCACGAGAGUGAACCUUUCAGUUUUACACAGGGCCCUCUGAAAGAUGCUCCCAACUUGAUCUGCACACCACACACAUCCUGGUACAGUGAGCAGGCAUCCCUAGAGAUGAGAGAAGCAGCUGCUACUGAGAUUCGUAGAGCUAUUACAGGCCGAAUCCCAGACAGCUUAAGAAACUGUGUAAAUAAGGAUUACUUUGUUACGACUCCAGCCUGGCCAACGAUGGACCAGCAAGCUGUCCACCCGGAGCUCAAUGGAGCCACCUACAGGUACCCUCCUGGUAUAGUAGGAGUAACACCUGCAGGAAUCCCAGCAUCUAUGGAAGGAAUGGUACCUGGGGGGGUGCCCGUCUCCCAUAACCUUCCUGCAGUGGUGCAUCCUUCCCACACUCCAUCUCCCAAUCAGCCCACAAAACACGAAGGCGACAGAGAGCACACCUCUGAGCAAUAGCAUAUUACAGAGCUCAUCCAGUAUAGGGUUGGGACCAAGAGACACUGAAAAUAUCAUUAUAAAAAUUGAAUAUUUAUAGGAUAUUUGAGACCUGAAACUCUUCUAAGAAUUUGUACUCUUUACAGCCGCCAGCUUGGGAUGUUACAGUGUUAUCCAUGGAUGGGGAUAAAAGCUGCAUUAAACCCAAGAACUCCCUUCACUCAACAGAAACUAAGAAGUAUUUUACAGAGUGUUUUCCAAUGAUAUGUCCCUGUUGAUAAAUGUGUGUCACGUUCCCUCAUAUCUUUUAUCUGUUGAUCACAAACUUUACUGGGUAGACUUUUCUUAUAUCAUUUGAAAUAAGUGUUUGAUAGAUGAGGAGAGAGUGAAAUGUGUAAUUGACAGAAAAUGGUAGCCUUAGGUGUGAAAUUUUAAUAGUUAGCUUGAAGCAUUUCCCUUCAUUCUCAGGAACAAACCUUUUUGUAUUGUUUGUCAGCAAGUUUGACUUCAAAACAUUUGUUCCUCAAGGACUCCCAUUUCUUGAACAUAUAAAACUUAUUUUUCUCAUAAUAUGGCAUUUUAUAUGAAUUCACUGUUUUGUCUGGACAUGUGAGUCCAUCAUGGUCUUAGAGUUAAGUGCAUCAACAGUGAAGCUGGUGAAAAAGAAUGAACUGUUACAUCGGAUGUGACAGCCGGCAGUGAUGCUCCUUAUGAUGUUGUGUUGGUUAGCGUGGACUCUUCCAGUGAAAAGCAUACCAGAUUCAAAUGUAGAAUGUUACAAAUCCCUUCCCCUUCACUCCACUUGGGUAGAACUCAUGAUCCAGGUCAAGCUUACUCCCCCAGCAUUACUCUUUACUCAUCGUAAGUAUUUCCCCUAGCUAUGUGUUUUUUUUUUGAUACUCAAAACACUGGAUGUUAUCAAUCCAUUUGCCUGAUUUCACUUAAGAACUGCAGCUCACAUUACUUUUCAAUUUCCUGUACACAUAAUCUUUGGUUAAUGUUCUUUUCAAGUAACAAAAGCAUUUUGUGUUUUAUUUAGUUAUAUUCAGUUGCUGAGUGAAUGGCUAAGUUGAGUUUAGUAUUGCACAUUAUUAGAACCCAUACAAAGUUCUGAUCCAAACAUUUAUCUUUGCUAAGUAUGUGUUUAUUGUGAUUCCUUCUUAUUUUUAUUCUAGAGUUGAUUUCUUGUAUGUAGGUUGCAAUAUUUUAGAAAUAUCAGCAAAGACAAAAUGUCUGGUGAUUUCUGUGAACCUAUGGAAGUGCAUACCACUGCUGAGAAGUGGAGGGGGGAAAGAGAUAUUGACUGUACCUGGAUAUUAGCCUACCCCUUUAUAAGAUGGGUCAUCACCCAAUGAUGGAAUAUUUGUAUGUGAAAAACUCUGUUUAAACAUUUUUUUAGGCUAAAGUGUUAUCAUUUAAUCUAGAAAGCUCUUUAUUACUGUCUGUUAAACUGUGUCAUAAAACUUGCUGUUCUGUUGUUCAGAUGUUGUGUGCAACCAUGUUGGGUUAAAAUUACUAGUGUUAAACCUUUUUCACUUGAAACUUUUUUGGUAGCUGUGCAGUGACAGUUUCCAAUUGCAGGUAAAAUCAUUUUUAAGUCAGUCUUUCAAUUUCUAUAUUUCUUCAACAAUUUGUGUUAACAGUGAAAAUAUAAAAAAUUAAAAAUAUUCCAAGUUA